ACUCCACCCUUGCUCUGCAGCACGACCAGAGGACAGUGCUCCCGUCCCGAGAGACAAGCGGAACUGCGGAAGGCAGCAACCCUCAACGCGCCUCGACACAACAAACAAACAGAGGAGGAAGAUCGACAGCAAUGGGGAGGGCUCCGUGCUGCGAGAAGAUGGGCCUCAAGAAGGGGCCGUGGACGCCGGAGGAGGACAAGGUCCUCGUCGCCCACAUCCAGCGCUUCGGCCACGGCAACUGGCGCGCGCUGCCCAAGCAAGCCGGGCUGCUGCGGUGCGGCAAGAGCUGCCGGCUCCGGUGGAUCAACUACCUGCGCCCGGACAUCAAGCGCGGCAACUUCAGCAAGGAGGAGGAGGACUCCAUCAUCCGCCUCCACGACCAGCUCGGCAACAGGUGGUCCGCGAUCGCCGCCAGGCUGCCGGGGCGGACGGACAACGAGAUCAAGAACGUCUGGCACACGAACCUGAAGAAGCGGCUCGAGGCCACCAAGGGGGAGGAGGCGGCGCACGAGGCGCCAGCGGGCGGCAGCGGCAAGAAGCGCAGGCCGGCGGCGGCGAAGCGCGGCGGUGCGAGGAGGGCGCUGGCCGCCGCGCCGGUGUCGCCCGAGCGGUCCGCGUCGUCGUCGGUGACCGAGUCGUCCGUGACGGAGCAGGGCAACACGGGGAGCUCGCCCGGGUUCCCCAAGGAGGAGAGCUUCACCUCGUCCCCGGACGCCGAGGAGUUCCAGUUCGACGAGAGCUUCUGGUCCGAGACGCUGUCGAUGCCGCUGGAGAGCUUCGACGUCCCCAUGGAGCCCUGCGACGCAUUCGGCGCCGCGGCCUCCUCGGCGUCGGCCGACGACAUGGACUACUGGCUCAGAGUGUUCAUGGAGUCCGGCGACGUGCAACACGAAUUGCCGCAGAUUUAGAGAGAGUUUUCACCCAGUUCCUCGGCUAGCUAAUUGAUUCAUCGUUCUUUUCUCUCUCUCUCUCUCUCUCUCUCUCUCUCUCGACUCGAUCUGUCAUCUUGCAUCGGAGGGGACACGCAUCUAACAGACAAAGAGUGCCCACGACGGAGUUAGGCAGGAAGAACGCGACGUGCCAAUCAAGCCACUUUGAUCGAUCUUAUUUACCUUCUUGUAUAUAAAGAUGAUCGAGAAGAUUCGGUGAUCGAAACCUAAGCGUGUUCUGACGAGAAAAAUUCUUUUGCACUAUGUGCAGAUUUCUUUGUACAAUAGCAAUAACCGGAAAUGGACUGUGCCUCAUUCUCAACAAA